AAAGUAGCAGUAUCUACUCGGACACUACAGUGGAAAUGUGUUGAAUCAAGAAUAGACAGUAAACGCCUUUUUUAUGGCCGCUUUAUUCUAUCUCCACUUAUAAAAGGUCAAGCCGAUACAAUAGGAAUUGCGAUGCGAAGAGCUUUGCUGGGAGAAAUAGAAGGGACAUGUAUCACACGUGUAAAAUCUGAGAAAGCCUCGCAUGAGUAUUCUACCAUAGGGGGGAUUCAAGAAUCGGUACAUGAGAUUUUAAUGAAUUUGAAAGAAAUUGUAUUGAGGAGCAAUCUAUAUGAAAGUUGUGAUGCGUCUAUUUGUAUCAAGGGACCUCGACAUGUAACUGCCCAAGAUAUAAUAUUACCCCCCCAUGUACAAAUUGUUGAUAACACACAACAUAUAGCUUGGUUGACGGAACCUAUUGAUUUUUUUAUUGGAUUAAAAAUAGAGAGAAAUCGCGGAUAUUUCAACAAAGUGGACCUUCACUUUGACGAUGGAAGUUAUCCUAUAGAUGCUCUCUUCAUGCCGGUUCAAAAUGCAAAUCAUAGUAUUCAUUCUUAUGGGAAUGAAAAACAAGAGAUACUUUUUUUGGAAAUAUGGACAAAUGGAAGUUUAACACCAAAAGAAGCACUUCAUGAAUCCGCCGAAUAUUGAUUGAUUUCUUUAUUCCUUUUUUCCAGAUGGAAGAAGAAAACUUAUAUUUAGCAGAUGCAAAACACACAAUUCCCCUACCCCCCCUUAUCUUUUAUAAUAAAGUGACUACACUUAUAAAAAAAAAAAAGAAACUUUCAUUGAAAUUAAUUUUUAUUGACCAAUUAGAAUUCCCUCCCAAGAUAUAUAAUUGCUUGAAAAAGUCAAAUAUAUUUACAUUAUUUGAUCUUUUUAAUCAAAAACAAGAAGAUCUUUUAAAAAUAGAACAUUUUCAACUAGAAGAUAUAAAACAUAUAUUGGGGAUUCUAGGAAAAUAUUUU